CCCCCCCCAGCACCCAAAGGUCCGCCCCGAAAGGGCAAGGGAAGGGGCUUGGGGGGGGGGGGGCAGGAGGGCAAAGCCCCUCUGUGACGAUGCCGUGGCUGCAGAAAACACCAGUCCCAUCCCAAAAUCAUGAGACCAUACCCCAGAUUGAGGCUCCCAGGGGGCUGGUGCAUCUCCUUGGGGUUUUCGUGCCCCUCACACCCCUCUGUGCCCUCCCUGGGGGUCGGGGUCUCCGUCCCGGGGGGAGGGGGGGCACCCCGCUGACGGGUGCUGCGGUGCCUUGCAGCGGCUUGUCGCAGGAGGCGGGCAGCGUGGAGCAGCUGACCCUGCGCUGCGCCGAGGGCUCCCUGGAAUGGCUGUACCCCACGGGGGCCCUGCGCCUCCGCCUGGCCCCCCGCCUGCCCCCCGGCACCGGCAAGGGCAGGAGCCCCCGGCACGUCACCGCCUGCAUCAAACCCGCCGGCACCUUCCGAGGGGCUCAGCUCUACCUGGAGCGGGACGGGGAGCUGGAGCUGCUGCUGCCGGAGGCGGAGGCGGCCCCCCGGCCCCGCGUGCGCUGCUUCAGCUGGCUGCCCCGCGAGAAGGUGGCCCUGUUCCUGCAGGCCACCCCGCACCGCGACAUCAGCCGCCGCAUCGCCGCCUUCCGCUACGAGCUGCGGGGGGACUGGCUCGCCCGCCUGGUGCUGCCCGCUGCCAGCCUGCCCGCCGAAGGGGCGUGCCGGCCGUGCAACGACACCGAGCUCCUGAUGGCCAUUUGCACUAGUGACUUUGUGGUCCGUGGCAGCAUCCGCAGCGUCUCCAACGACGCGGAGCUGCAGGAGUCCAUCAUCGGGGUGAGCGCCGUCCGCAUCCACCGCCAGAAAUUCCCCCUCUUCCAGGCCGGGGGGCGGCCGGGGCGGGCGGCGGGCAGCAUUCGCACCCCCCUGCGCUGCGGCGUCCGGCCAGGCCCCGGCACCUUCCUCUUCACGGGGUGGCUGCACUUCGGCGAGGCUUGGCUCAGCUGCGCGCCCCGCUACAAGGACUUCCAGCGCAUCUACGAGGGCGCCCGGCGCAGGCGGCAGAACCCCUGCGAGUUCCCCGUGGACUGAGCGGCUCGGGGAGGGGGCAGCCCCCGGUUUUGGGGCCGGGAGCAUCCCUGCUCGAGAACCCCUGGAAAAUGGUUCACCUCGGCACUGUCCCCCCGCCCGCCCCGGGGGCAUCGCCACGUGGAGGGGGACCUCUCACUGUCCCCGGGGACGAUGGAUUUGCCGGGAAGGAUGGGCACGUAGGGACAUGGGAGCACAGGAGCACGGUGCUUUGGUCUUUGCCUCAUCCUCGGUCAGGGGCAGCCCCGUGAAAAUCCUGCAGGAAGGGAAGGGAUUUUCCCAGACGCAUUCAAGUGGGCCUGGCCCUGGGGGGGGCUGGGGGCUCCCUGUGGACCGAGGGCACGUGGGGACCCACGCCCCGGGGAUGCUGUGGUCUUGGGGUUGCUGAAGGCGUGGGGACGCUGUGGGGCACGGAGGGUGGUGCGGGGGGGCAGCUGUCCCCUGGGUGGGGCUCUGCGGGUGGCAGGAGGAGAGCGGUGGCAUGGCUGGGGCACGGUGGUGAGAGCAGAGUGCGGAGGUGGAUUUGCAAUGUUGAGGGUGGAAGGGGGAGCGGGGUGAUGGCGAUGGAGAGUUUUGCCCUGGCCCUGCUGGUGAUGCAGGGCAUGGGCGGGAGGGGGAGAGGAAGAGGAGCGAGGCUGAAGGAGUGAAUGCGAUGGUGAGGAGGGAGCAGAAGCAGCACGGAAGGGACCCCGGCAUGGCUACAGCUGAAGCAAAGUGUCGAGCACAGGAGGGGUCACAGGGAUGGAAGUAGGAAGAGGUGGGGCUGUGCCACCGCCGGCGCGGGGACGUGGGGACACAGGGAUGUGACCUCAUGGCAGCUUGCCAUCCCACCGUGCCAGGGCGCACCAGGAGGGAUUUGGGACCGUGGGGGCGUGGGGGGCAUUGUAUGUGCACUAAAGUGAUAACGAUACCAAAUUUGUGAUUUUGUUUGCUAUAAACUAAACUGUAUUUGUGGCAUGUGUGGCCUCUUUUCAGCAAGCGGCAGCGGCCGGUGACCGAGACACGAGGGGCGAGCGGGUGGGCGAGCGUGGCUGCAAGCAUCUGUAUUACAGCGUCUCUGUAGAUCUCUCUUCCCAAAUUGCUGCCUCCCUGCUUUUCCCCGGGGUCGGCUGGGUUUCCUCCAGCGGGGCCGGGGGCCGCGGGGCCCCCCCGGUGGUGCCGCUGUCAGCGCCAAUCUCGUCAGCGCCCGCCGGCCACAAGGCCUCAUUGUGCCGGGCUGCCCCGCGCCCAGCCCGGUGCCGGCUGAAAUCUGCUUCUCCUCGUCAGGAAACCGUUCCCAAAGAACGCUGCCGGCUUUGGAGCUUAAUUAAAAGACACACGUGAUCUGUUCCUGGGGAGAUCCUGCCCCUGCGAGCCUCACCGGGGGAUCGACGUAGAGCACACGGUGCCCAUGUUCCUCCUGGAUGCUGGCUCCCUGCCUUGCUGCCCAAAUGCCGAUGACUAUUUUGGGGCCGUGUUGGGAGCAAGGGAGCCGCGAGGGCAGGAUACGGCCCUGGGGAGACGGGGCUCUGGAGGAAGCCGGCAGCCCGGGGUUUUGGCAGCGUUAGCAAGGAGGCAGAAAGGGGGAAGGAGUGGGAAACCCAGAGGAGGAGGAAAAACGACACUGGAAAAGCAAUAAACGAGGCGUGGACAAAGGGACCCGCGCUGCCCACGCAGCCCUCUGUAGGCGCCGGAGCGAAAUCCUGGCUUCUCUGACCCCAGCGCAUUCCUCGGGGUGAAAUUAUUGCAUUUAAUGCGCCGAGCAUCCGGUGGGGUUCUGUCCAGCCGCAGAAUAUCUUGUUUUUCUUCCAAAAUGUUUAUUUGGCCAAAUCAGAUCGUUCUGCCGUGGCGGAAAAGGCUGUUAUUCUGCUCUUUCGCCAACGCGGAGUUUUCGGCGGUGUUUUCGGUGCCCUCUGCCCUCGGCCGGGUUCGGCCGCCUGCCCCCGCUUCCCGCGGCGGCUGGGCUGUGGCCAGGGCUCCAACGCUUCCUACGGGAGGUGCUGGGGAAGGAGCUGGUGCUGGGGGGGUCACCACUGCUGCCGGGGGGGGGGGGGGGUCACAAUGACAACGGGGCUGCUCAGGGAUGCUGCAGCACCAGGGAGCACCCCGGUCCUGGCAGCCCCAUCCUGGCAUCUCCCCAAAAUCUCGGCCCCAGCCGAAUUCCCAACGGGCAGCCCGGCCCCUGCUGCCUCUUGGCACAGAGCGGAGGGCACCAUGAGGCGGGCUCCGUCCCGGUUAAUGUUUCCUCUGCGGGAUGGAAAACAAGGUGGGAGCCACCACGGUGGUGCGGAGAACGAGGGGACGGUGGCGUG